AUGUGUGUCCAAAAACCCAAAGUUGAAGAAGACGAUGCACCGAUGCUCGUGAUCGGUGCCGGUUUCGGUCGGACUGGCACGUCGAGCCUGAAGGCUGCAUUGGAGAUUCUCUACCAGAAGCCAUGCUACCAUAUGGGCGAGCUGAUAGAAAAACAUCCGGAUCACGUGAAAUUGUGGACGGAAUUGUAUAACCGAAUGGAGCGUGACGGUCCAGAUGCCGAUUUGCCGAAGGAUAUAAUCAGAAACAUUUUCUGUGGAUAUCAGUUGACUACGGACAACCCGGGUUGCACAAUCUAUAAACAGUUGAUGAGAAUGUACCCUGAGGCGAAAGUAAGUGACAUUUUGUUGGAAUGUCAUACGGUUACGGAUUGUCUCAAUUGA